CAAAAAUUCCUCCUCUUGAACCUCCAUUUUUAUGAUAUUUUUAAUGAGCUCCCAAUUUCCACCUUUUGACUCCAUUUCUCCCUCAAAUUCCUUUUCUUCUGGAUGUAUGAAACGUAUUGAAUCAAGAAAUGACGUUUUUUUAUUUGAAAAAUCCAUUGCUUAUUCAAGAAUUACAGAAUUUAUUACAGUCUUAAAUAUUGCUCUUCCUGGGACUAAAUUAACAGAUAAUAUUAAUGAAUCAGAUGAAAUACAAAGGAUAUUAUCUGUAUUAGAAGUUGUUUGCUCUUGGAUCGGUGAAAUUAGGCCAGAAAAAGGUGCUAAACGGUUUGGAAAUAAGGCAUUUGUUAAGUGGAUUGAUCGCCUUGAAAAUGAAAGUCAUAUUCUGCUGAAAAAAUAUCUUCCAGAGUGGAUUUAUCCAGCGUUAAAUGAACUCUGUCCAUAUUUUAUAGGAGGGUUUGGACAUGGAAAAAGAUUGGACUAUGGUACAGGACAUGAGCUUUCAUUUACGGCAUUUCUAUGUGGUCUUUUGUUAUUACGAUUUUUUAAGUUAGAUAGGGACGAAGUAGGAAUAGUCUUAAGAAUAUUUAAUAAAUAUUUUGAAAUCAUAAGGACACUGGUUUUAACAUAUAAUCUUGAACCAGCUGGUUCUCAUGGAGUUUGGGGAUUAGAUGAUCAUUUCUUUUUACCAUAUGUCUUUGGAUCUUCUCAAUUAUCAUAUACAAAUGCCAAUGUUUUUCCUAAAGAUAUUCUAGACAAAAAUAUAGUUAAAGAGCAGAAAAAUGAAAACUUAUAUUUUGGUGCAAUUAAUUUUAUUAAUGAUGUUAAACAUGGUCCUUUUUAUGAACAUUCUCCUUAUUUGUAUGAUAUAUCUGGAAUAGAACAUUGGGAAAAAGUUAAUAAAGGUAUGUUAAGAAUGUAUUGUGCAGAAGUACUUGGAAAAUUCCCCGUAGUUCAACAUUUUCCUUUUGGAAAUAUAAUAUUCCCAUUCGAUCCUGUUCAAAAUUGACUUAAUAUUUUUUUUUUCAAUUAAAUAAUUC